UCGAUUUGGGAAAUCGGUAAAAUUCAUUAUGACACUGCCACUGUGUGUGCUAAUAAUGGAUUUAUGUCGGCAACACGAGACAUGGAGCGAGACAACGAUAUUCACCUCUUUCUCGUCAGCGAAAAGUGUGUUAUGUCUCCAAAGUUUCAUACCAAGUUUUCUUUGGCAGGUAAACUACAGAGGUAUCAUGUUACAUAUACGUUUUCUUCUGUGACACCGGGCAGUGUCGGCAAUAGACGAGUUUUCUCUGACAUAGAAAAUGGAGACUGGUAUCUAAAAUCUGAGAUUAAACUAGUACCUGUGAACUGGAAGACCCGUCGACCUACAAAAUUCCCGAAAACCUUUUAUGAGAACACGUGUAAACUUAUUGACAAUGAACAUAUGCCAAUGAUCACGAGAAGACAGGAAGCCCUCAUUCCACCUGAUAUCUCCUUCAAAACAAGCGUUCAAACACGCUACAGUGACAUGGAUUUUAACUUACAUGUGAGUUAUGCAGAGUACUACAGGUUUUCCUGUGAUGCGGCAGCCGAAGCAUCUCUUUCCGGAUACUAUCGGCAUUUUAAUUCCGACAUUGUGAACUAUCCAAUAUUGCAAACAGAGGCAACAUUUCUGGGUGAGUGCGGACCUGAGGAACUCCUACUAGUUUAUACGUGGCAGGAUGAAAAGGACCUUGAAAAAAUAUAUUUUGCAAUUUAUUUGAAGGACGUGAGAAUAUUUCAAGCUUGCUUCAUUUAUGAUAACAAAAAGUCACAUGAUCACGUCAUGUCAAGUUUAUAA